CCUGGGAGCCUGGCAGCAGGAAGCGGCCUGACCUUGGGGCCGGCGGGACAGACUGCCGCUUCUACCUGUUUUCUGGGGGAGCACGGCUGCCACUCAUUCAGGUGCUGCAGCCACUGCGCUGACCUGUUGAGGGAAGUUCACCUUGCCACGGGCCAGAAGGAGGGAGACCCGGAGACAGGUAGGGGCUCUGGAGGACCCGGUGAUGAUGGGCUGUCAGGCUCCCUGGAACUGACCGGGCCUGGGAACAUGGCAUGGCGCAGGCGAACGGGGCCCCCCAGCCCGGGGCUGCCCCAAGCCAGCUCUGCGUGUUCAAGCUGGUCCUCCUGGGAAGUGGCUCUGUGGGCAAGUCCAGCCUGGCUCUGCGGUUCGUGAAAGAUGACUUCAAGAGCAUCCUGCCAACGGUGGGAUGUGCGUUCUUCACAAAGGUGGUGGAGAUGGGGACUGCAUCUCUGAAGUUUGAAAUCUGGGACACGGCUGGCCAGGAGAAGUACCACAGCGUCUGCCACCUCUACUUCAGGGGCGCCAACGCUGCGCUCUUGGUGUACGACAUCACCAGCAAGGAUUCCUUCGGCAAGGCUCAGCAGUGGCUGAAGGACCUGGAGAAGGAGUUCUCCCCUGGAGAAGUUGUGGUGAUGCUGGUCGGCAACAAGACGGACCUCGGGCAGGAGCGGGAGGUCACCUUCGAGGAUGGGAAGGAGUUUGCAGAGAGCCAUAACUUGCUGUUCAUGGAAACCUCGGCCAAACUGAACCACCAGGUGACUGAAGCCUUCGGUGCCAUUGCCCGAGAGCUGCUGCAGAGGGAGGAGAGGAAGGAGAACCAGCCGCCACCACGCGGAGAUGCACGGCUGGCCCUGGGCCAGCGGCUCGCAGGGCGGGCUAACUGCUGUGCCCGCUAGAAGCAGCCACUCCCAGAGGGGCCGAGGGGAGGACGCCCCCAGGCCCAGCCCGGCUGGUCCUCAGGGUGAGCCACUGCCAGCUCUGUGUUGACAGUGGCACUUGGUUCUGACUCACCGUUGAUGCUGGCUAGCGCCUGAGCCCUAGAGGUGCCCAGAAGCUGGCAUCCUUCAGAAUAGCUACAUCCCAAAGCUGUCGAGUGUCACUCAGGACAAGAUUGGUGUCAAAUGGCUCCCAGAGGGUGUAGGCCCCGCCUCCCGACACCCAGACACAGACAGACUGCAUCCCCAGUGCCCAGGCCAGGCGUGCGUGCUCCUGCCUGUCUUGUCCCCUUUGCUGCCUCCAGACACACAGGGGUGAAAUGGGUCAGAGGGGAAAUGGGGAUCCAGGAAACCCAGGGACCGGAUCACUGUGGUGGGUGGACGGUCACCUUGCACCUGGUGCUGGGCAGGGCUCCGCCUGCUCCUGGGAGUGGGGAGAGGAGGAAGCAGGCCCAGGUGGACGUGGUGGUACCAGGAGGAGACGGGGCUGGGUCCUUCCUCACUGGAUCUCAGUGGAGUUGCCCCAGGGCAGGGGGUGUCUGCCAGCGGGCUGCAGGGGGCUGUGUCCUGGCUGUGAACUUGACGAUGCCACGCUCAUGCCCAGUGCAUGUGAGGACUCAGCCUUUUCGCCGGAGGUGUAAGUUGUACCACUUCUGUGUUUUUCUCCAAAAAUUAA